AUGACCCCAGACCAAGACUCGGCAUAUUCCACCAUCCACGCGCGUUACACUGCCACCGCACUCUCCAAAUCUCCCAACACUCACAAUGCAUCCACCGUCGCCCGCGCAUUCGGCUACACUGAAGCUGAACUUUCUUCCGCCCCUACCGACUCUAACAUCGGUCUAAGCUGUGGAAACCCACUCGCACUGGCGAAUUUGAAAAAAGGCGAGACAGUCAUCGAUCUAGGCUGUGGCGCAGGCUUCGAUGUCUUCCUUGCUGCAAAGCGGCACAUGCUCCAAAAAGCCGGCCUAAAUGCCGAGAAAUCGGGCAUACUCAACGUCACCUUCAUACACUCUCUCAUCACGUCAACCUCCCAAGUCCCAGAUUCUACCGCCGACGUCAUAAUAUCAAACUGCGUUAUAAACCUCGUUCCCGACGUGUCCAAACAUCUCGUCUUUACGGAAAUGUUCCGCUUACUCAAGCCAGGGGGUCGGGUAGCCGUCUCGGAUAUCCUGUUGAAGAAAGACUUACCAGAGGGAUUGAAGAAUAAUGUAGCAUUACUGGUAGGGUGCGUGUCGGGAGCGAGCAAGAAGGAGGAGUAUGAAGAGUGGUUGGAGGAAGCGGGGUUUAGAGAGGUGGUUGUUGUGGAAGCGGGUGGAGACUUGAAUGUUUACAAGGGUGGAGAGGAGGAGGGUAAGGUCGGAGCGUCGUCUUCGUGUUGUUGUUGUGGUAGUGGUGGAGAUGGGGGUGUAGCCGAGGAUAUGAGAAAAGAGCUCCAGGACGUUGACUUGAAUGAAUGGGCGGGCAACAUCCUUCAAGAUAUACGCCGUCAAGGCGUAAGAUAG